CUCCCCCUCCCCCUCCCCCUCCCACUGCUCCCAAUCCUGUUGGCAAAGCGAAGAAAGGUCGUGCAUCCAGCAGAGCUCCGACUCCUAUUGGCAAAGCGAAGAAGAAAGGUCAUGCAUCAAGCAGAGGUUGCGGGGAUGACUGGCAUCAAGCUGGCUGGCAACCAAACAAUUUCCCCUUCACUGCAACCCCUGGACCCCGGAGGGCUGCUGCGGAGCUGGAUAGCGACCUGCCAGCUGACUUCCUGAUGCUCUUCCUGACGGACGAGCUGCUCCAAAAUAUUGUGGAUCAGACCAACCUAUACGCAAGUCAAUAUUUUGAAGCACACCCUGACAAUCUGCCAUAUAGCAGAGGACAUGCAUGGAAACCAGUGUCAGUCCCAGAAUUGAAAACUUUCUUUGGACUCAGUUUUCUCACUGGUUACAUCAAAAAGCCUAGCCUUGAAAUGUACUGGAGUGUUGAUGAGGUAGAUGCCACGCCCCAUUUCGGCAAGACUAUGCCAAGGAACAGAUUUCAGAUAAUAUGGAGGUUCCUUCAUUUCAACAAUAAUGCAUCACAGGAUGCAUCUGACAAAAUGUACAAAGUUCGCCGAGUGUUGGAUUACAUUGUGGAAAAGUUCAAGGAGAUGUAUCAACCAGGCCAAAACAUUUGCAUUGAUGAGGGUAUGAUGCAGUGGCGGGGGCGCCUGUCUUUCAGGGUGUAUAACCCACAAAAGCCUGUGAAGUAUGGAAUCAAAUCCUACAUACUGUGUGACUCUGCCACAGGGUACUGCUUCAAUAUGCGUCCUUAUGUUGGGGAAGCUAGUACUCUGCCAGAGAUAGUGUUCUCUCUCCUUGAUCGUCUACCAGGUCAUGGUUAUACAUUGUUCAUGGAUAACUUCGACAAUUCUGUAGCACUGUGUGAACGUUUACUGGGAGUGCAAACCAACGUCUGUGGAACACUGAGGAAACAUAGGGGGGAACCUCAGAUCAUCAGCGAGAUGACCAAGGCUGACUUGGGGGUGGGGGAAAAAGUUGUGCGGCACAAUGAGAGGGUGAUGGUAGUAGCAUGGCAGGACAAACGGUUGGUGAGGAUGGUGACUACCUGCCACCAAGAUAGCAUGCAGUGGGUUGAAGUGUGGAGGAGGGGAAACAGAGACAAGGUUGCUCAGCUCAAGCCAGAGUGUGUUGUUGCGUACAAUGCAUCCAUGAAUGGGGUAGACAAGUUGGACCAAAAUAUUGCAUACUAUCCCUUCAUCCGAAGAUCGCUGAACUGGUCAAAGAAGUUUGUAGCCUAUCUCUUCCAACUAUGCAUGUUUAACGCCUAUGUCCUCUACCGAGCCAGAAACCCAGAGGAGUGUAAAACCCUCUUGGAGUUCAUUCGCAGGGUAGUGAAGUCCUGGACAGUAAAGCGACAUGUGGGGGGGUGUGAGGAGGAGGAGGUGGAGGAGGAGGAAGUGGCAGGCGUGGGGGCUGAGGGGUCUGGGGACUUGGAGGAAGGCAGACGUACUCCGAGAGCACCAUAUAACACUGACCCAGAGAGCAGGCUAGACGGAGGGCUAAGCAGACACAAACUCAGACACCUGAUGCCCACCAGCAAGAAGGGGAGACCAGCAAGGAGGUGUAGGGUCUGUGCUCGCAGGGGUCUGCGCAGCGAGACAAAAAUGUGGUGUCAGUCCUGUCGUGUCCCCUUGCACGCAGGGGAGUGUUUUACAGCUUACCACACUAAGCUGAACUAUUUUGUGUAGGGGUGGACACACACACACACACACACACACCCACACACACACACACACACACACACACACACACACACACACACACACACACACACACACACACACACACACACACAGGAUUCGAUAUAGCUGCGACAACAUACAGAAAUACAUACCUGGAAAGAAUUGUACAACUG